GUUUAGAAUAAGCAAUAAUGAUCAAGCUCAUAUAAAAACUACUUCUCUUGUACUGUCUGUGUAAUCUUUAAAUGAAACCAACUUAUUCAACACAGUUAUCACCAUGUCUGCAGGAUUGUGUGUUUAUAAAUAUUUUACUGAACCAAGGGUUCAAUCUUUGUUAAACUUGUUAUUUUGAACUCUGUAAAACAUUUUUUUUCAUGAUACAAUAAUUCUUAAAUCUUGUAUCUUUUCCUUAAAAAGAUCGGAAGUAUGUUUUCUCUGUCUAUACCUUGAAUUUUCAUUAUAUCCAAAAAUGUAGUACCUUGAUGUAAAAGAAGCCCUUCACCACCAUGUGUAAAAAAUUACCGAUGUAUUAUACUGACCCAAUUCACAUUAUUACACAAUACGAUAUAUAGAUUGUUACUAAAUUUUCCUGUUAUGCAUUUUAAUCCUGUCUUGUAUCUUAAAUUUAAUUGUUCGAUUUUUUCAGAUUUUAAAAAUGGCUUUUGGCCUGUAUAGUCUGCUCGAAGCUAGUCUGCUUGUACUGAACGCUAUCUGUGUAUUGCACGAGGAAAGGUUUCUGGCUAAAUUUGGUUGGUCUGUUCAGCAUAAUAGAAACUCUUUGUCUAGGACUGUUAUGCGUAUACCUCUGAUAUUUAUCAACGGACUGGUGAUUACAAAAAAGCUAUUGCUGGGAUAGAAAUACAACACAUUUACACAACUUA